CCUGUGGGUCGUCCGGCGGCUCGCGCGCAAAGCGCAGCAUCCCACAAUCCCCGCCAUGGCCGAGUUCAAGACCCUGGUCGCCCGCCUCGACGAGGCUGAGCAGUUUCUGGAGCGUGCGUCGGCGCCCGCGCCCGCCGCGUCGCCGUACGCUCCGCUAGACGCGCUCGACGCGGCGGUGUCGGCGCUCGAAGAGCUCACGCCGCGGGUGGGCGUGUUUGAGAAGCGGGCGCUCGAGAAGGACCCGGACAAGAAGGUCUACGGCCCAAAGAUGGCGGAGCGGGUGCUCGCGGUCGCGGGACGACUCGCCGAUGCGGCAGAGGCUGCGGACGAGCUCAGCGAUUCUCUGGCGCCGCUGCGGCGGCAGAGGAGCGGCGAGCGGCGAGCAGAGCAGCAGCGGGAGGAGGAGGAGGCGCAGGCGGCGGCGCAGGCGGCGGCGAGGGCGCAGGCCGCGGCGGACGAUGCGCGCUCGCGCGCGGCCGCCGACGCGGCGGCGGAGGCGGCCGCGGCCGAGGCGGAGGAGAGGCGGAGGGUGGCGGAGAGGCUGGAGCGGAUAGCCGCGGGCGAGGCGGGCGCCGAUCCGAGGCGCGGCGCCGCGGCAGCGCCGCGGCUCGGCCUCUCGCUCACCGACGCGCUGGCGGCGCUGGCGGCGGCAUGCGAGCCGGCCGAGCUGGCGUCGGCUGUGCAGGCGCUGCACUUGCUCUGCAGCAACGCGCUGGCCUAUCCGGAGGACGCGCGCUUCCGCGGCGUGCGGCUGCUCAACGAGACGUUCCAGCAGGCCGUCGCGCGGCACGCGGGCGGGGUCGAGGUGCUCCUCGCCCUCGGCUUCAUCGAGCGGGAGGAGGCGGAGGAGGACGGCGAGCGGCUGCCGCAAAUCGUCUACCGCCUCGAGGAGCCGCCGCUCGAGGAGCCGGAGCGGUGGGCGGAGUGGUACGCCGGCGUGCGCUCGCAGCGCGACGAGCUGACGGCGUACCUCGCCGCGGCGGCCAUACCGCCGCUGCCGCCGGCGACGAGGUCGCUCGGCUGGGACGAGGCGAAGCCCGCGCCGCUUGCGUCGCACCAGGUGGCCGUCCUGCACGGGCAGGCGGGGGGCGGGAGGUAAGCUGGUGGUCUAAAUACCGCAUUCUUUUCGCGUGGUGUACCUGUGUUAGUGCCAGUGCGCGCCAGUCCCGUACCAGUGUCCGGUGCGCGGUACUUGGUGGGUUGGACGCCCGCAAAAUUCUUUUUUCGCACAAC